GGUAACACAUUUAUUUUAGUGUUCCACAUAUGCAAGUUCCUUCAAGAUCGUUAGCAACCUGUAAACGAGAUUGUGAAGUGGGUUAGGGGCAUAACAAACAUUCCACAAACGUCAGACGACUCCGAAUGAAAGUUGUUUAUCGUCGUCGUUAAUGUUACGACUGGCUUGUCCAUAUACUGAUAUCUUUGUUUAGUGAUCUCCAGAAUGUAGAGUGGGCUGAGAUCUCCUGGACGCAUAGAUAAGAUGUAAGGUGGUGAAUACAAAACACCUCUAACACCUCUGACCCUCUGUGGGUGGUGUCUGCAGGGCAAACCUACCAGAUGUGUUCUUCAUCGGUCAGAGUGCAGAGGAUGCCCAUUAGUAGUAGCUAUGGCAGCUCCAGUCUUUAUUCAUCAAGAUAUGGUGGAUCAUCUUACUAUUCAUCCACACGCCCUUUGCCUCCAGGGGGAAAUGGUCCUUAUGAUGAAUAUGGGCACAAAUUAAAGUUUGACUCGUAUACUACCGCUAGCAGUUUCAAGCCUCGGACGUCGUCCAACUUGACGGGUAUGGGGCGAUUAACUCCGAACAAGGCCGAUUAUGACAGAGGUAUUGGUAGUCACUACAGUGGACUGGAUUACCCGUACGCCACUUCGUCUACAAGUCGAUACGGCAGCACAUCCACGUCUUAUACGUCUCCGAGUAAAAAAACAGAAUACCGCUCUCCCGGCACGACAAGUUCUCGGUACGGUUCAAAUAUCACGGGUACAGUGGCACGCAGAUCCAGCCCCACCGAGCCUCCUCGAACGCCGAGCGGGCUGUCGCAGCGUCAGAGAUCAUCCAGCCUUUUCGACCUCAGCGGGACGUCGAGUUCAUCGUCGCAUUCUUCGUCUUCUAAGAGGAGCUCUUUCGAGAACGGUUUCCAGGCCACCACUUCGGGCGCGGACCGCCGCCGGAGCUCGGUCGUCAAUGACGAUCUCGACCGGCUGUCUCGCACUCUGAACCGAGCCAGCGUCAGUGAUCGUAGAAGAAGCGAGUCGACCAGCGGCAGUGGUGGUGGGACGUUGCCUCGCCUGCGGUCGAAGGAAAACAGCUUUGAUCGAAUUUCGAGCAGUUCCCGCCGCUCAUCCUUUGAUAAAACAGAGCGGGAGAGUAGCCAUGGGUCUGACAGCUCAUUUCUGGCAGUUAACGGCUCCAAAUACAAUGAUGGUGGAAAAAUUGGUCUCAGUAACCUUGGCAAUACUUGUUUCAUGAACUCCGUGCUCCAGUGUCUGAGUAACACAAAGCCUCUCUUGCUCUACUGUCUGGAUGAGGAGUACGACCAGCAGAUCAACAGAAGAACCAGCAGUAUGCGCGGACAACUCAUCAAAGCUUUUAGCAAGCUGUUGCGUUCUUUGUGGAAGGAUUCUAACGACAUGUUCGUCACUCCUAACUCGUUCAAGACGGAAGUCCAGAGAUUUGCUCCUCGUUUCAUGGGUUACCAACAGCAGGAUUCCCAGGAGUUCCUGCGGUAUCUGUUAGAAGGUCUGCACGAGGAUGUGAACCAGGUCCAAGAGAAACCCAAACCAGUCACGCUGGAGGAUGAAAAACUGGAAAAUAAAAGUGAUGAAGAAAAGGCGGCCCUGUACUGGAAGACCUACCUGCGGUUUGAUAACAGCAAGAUAGUUGAUAUAUUUGUGGGUCAGUUGAAAAGUGAACUGAAGUUUGAAUGCGGUCAUACAUCUGUGACCUUUGACCCUUUCUGGGACCUGUCACUCCCCCUACCAAAGCACUUUCUUUUUCAGCGUACUGGUCAAACGCACAUAGAAGACUGCCUGAAACUGUUCAUGCGGAAAGAAAAACUCGAGUCUGAUGAACGUCCCACAUGCUACAAGUGCAAGCAGAGAAAGCCGUGUUCGAAAGGUUUUUCCAUCCAGAAGUUUCCGCAGAUUCUCGUUCUUCAUCUGAAGAGGUUUAGUCAGGAGAGAUUCAGCCGUAAAGUGACGACGACCGUCGAGUUUCCAAUCAAGGACCUCGAUCUCACCGAAUUUGCAGCCGACUCAAGAAGGGGUCCGGUUCUCUACAACCUGUACGCUGUGAGCAACCACUGUGGCGGAACCCACUCGGGGCACUACACGGCCAUAUGUAGACACCCAUUCAGGGAGGAGUGGAACCUCUUCAACGACACACGAGUAUCGAAGUCCCGGCCGAACCAUGCGGUGUCCAGCGAAGCGUAUCUUCUCUUUUAUGAACUGAAUAAACCAUCUUCAAAUCUGAACAGCUUCUAGUAGGCUAUUGGCUAUUGGCUGGUCCAAAACCAUCAAACAGAUGCUGGGAUUGGACAGCUUUAUUUUUAAGAGAAGCCUUCCUUCCAUUGGUUAUUUUGUUCUGUCCACAGACGAACGCGUUUACUACAGAUAAAUGGAUUGGAUCAUGUUUGAAAAAUACAUAUUGUGAUUGGCUGAUUUGUGUUUCGAUAACAGUAGAUUGGCUGUCACUGUCAAGUCAGUUAUUUGCUGGGGAAAACAGUGUUAACUCCAACAGAUGGUAGAAGUAAAACAGUAUUUAAUAAGCUACAAUUUGAUUGGCUCAGUCAUCUUUCCUGUGAGUAGAUAGAUAUAGUACAGAUACUGCCAUUGGCCAGGCUGUUAAAUUAUAUUAUUUAUUAACUUUUUUAUUUAUCGGCUAUUUCAUCUUUUGCUGGUACAGUAUUUGUGAUGUAGCUGCUGGUAAAAAAAACAAACAAACUAUUUAAAUUCUACUAAUUUAGGUAGGGUUUUUAGUAUAUUUAUUAUUUUAUUUUAAUAAAUAAUUUUUUUUAU